UUGGCUCGUUCGUACGAACCUUAGCACGCAGACAGUAAGCCGGUUAUAAGAGUUGAGGUUGCGUUUGAACAAACGCAUUUCCACGCGCGCACUCGUCGCGACCGUAUCGCUAACGAUUAGUGUACCAACGGACAACAACAACAAAAAAACAUAUAUUUCGGAGUAACUUCGAAAGUACCUAAAAUCCGAAGAAAAUGACGACGGAAGUAGCGCAACUUCCUCACAUCGAGGUGUUCCAUCGUCUCUUAGAACUUCCGGUGGUAGAGAGUGCCGUAUCAAAAUCAAUGGCGACUUAUUCGCGCGUGAAAGACUGCCAUCAGUUGGUUCAUUGGACUUUCACCACUGCAGAAAUUUCUUUGAGCAAUGCGACUAAACAAGCGGUACCCACUGUUGCCCCUAUCGUGAAGAAACUCGAGAACCUCAUACACUUUGUUGACCACACGUUGUGCCUUGGUCUCGAUAAAAUCGAAGAAAAAGUUCCGUUGGUUAAAGAGAAACCUGAGCAGAUUAUAGAAAAUGCGUAUAUGAUAGCAGUACAAACCUUAUCGAAUAUCACAUCCGUUAAUCACUUAAUACUUGCACGUGCUGCAAACUUGAGAGACAAGAGUUGGAACAAAGCAAAUCAGAUUUUGGAAACGCAAUAUGGCAGCGCGGCAGUCAGGGGUUUCGAUAAUACUGCCGAUAUUGUCGAUAAACUGAUCGAUAAAUAUUUUAUACCGACCGAAGAUGAACAAACAAUGGUGACAAACACAAACGAAGAAGAUAAACUGCUGCACACACUGCAAACUGUUAGCCGUUUAUCCAAUAAAGCUGCUCGUCGAGUGUACGCGAAUAUAAUGCUCCACUUAAGGAUCCUCAACAUGGACAAUUUUAAAGCUUACAUUAGAUCUGUGGCACAAUUUUUACAAUUAACAAAUUACCUACAUUCGUUAAAACAUAAGCCGGAGGAUCAUGCAACAAAUUCGAACAAUGUCUCGAAUGCGGACAUCAAAAAAGUGAACUGAAGGAAACUCAUAACUCCAUUGAUUUCGUAUUUAUGUUUCCUAUGAAUUAUUUAUUUUUAUAAGAAGUAUUUAUAAAAAGAACACUACGUUACUUCAUCUUUUCGUAAAAUCAUUUUUGUCAUUAUAACAUAUUUUUUUAUCGACGCUAUAUUUUGUAAGUACGGUUCUUAUUGAGAUAUAGCGAGGUCGUAAAAUACUUUGGACACUUAAAAGUUUAUGAAAGUUAAAUACUGUAAAUAAUAAGGUUUUUAAUUUUUUUAAAUUCAGUAUGUCUAGCAAAUUUCUAUUUCAAUAGAUACUAAGUAAUGGUUUAAUUUACGAUCUUGCUGUAUCGUUAAACGAAAUCUGUCGACAGGUUUUAACGUAUAGGUGUUAAUGAAAACAUAUGGCAUUGUAAUAACUUUUUAAAAUAUGUACUUAGCAUAUCUUUCUUCUUCGUAAUAUUCGCAAGUUUGUUUUUGCUUCCACUUUGCUUAUAAUGUUCUUUUGACAUUCUAUUGUUCUAUUGAACCUUGCUGUUUAAAUCCCAAAAAUGUAUUCACAUGUUACAUUAUGUUACAUAGCAAUAUGAAUACUUGAUUAAUAUUUGAAGACGUUAAUGAAAGCAUAAUUUAGAAUUACGUGUUAAUUUUGUAUAUACAUAAAUGAAAUAAAUUUUUGAUGUAAAAAA